AUGUCUUUCAAUUUUUCUAAUAUCAGGAACUCUCCAUCUACUCAGUCUAGUAGUCAUUCAUUUCCUACUCCAUCCGCCACCCCAUUCACCCAUACCCCAUCCACCACCCCACACUUCCCCCCUGCUCAAAACAAUCCCAAUAUCGAUCCUGCCCUUCUGGAUGAAGAUGUUGUCCCAGCUCACUUUAUUGAUGCCCUUGCCAAUCAGUUUAGUUUUGGUGAUUCCGAGCAGGACCUAUGGCAUAACCUCCAUGGCUUUGCAAAGGCAGCCAUUUUCAGCUUAAUCAAGGAAAACUGGGCAAUGACCAAUGUGCACUGCAACACACAACAACUUCUCGCAGACCUGCAAAUUCAACUCGAAAACACAUUUACACUAUCACACAAACAGAAGGCUAAUGUCCAUAUUGUUGCUGGAGACAUAAUUUUUGAGGCUAGCCAGAUCACAUUUAUGACAAUCCACUUUGACAUUGAGGUUCACAACCAUAUAUACUGA